AGUACAAGUGUUCCAAACGACAAAUGUGCUACGCCGAAUGCCAGUUUUGCCAAGGUAUCUAUAUGAAAGUAAUCAACGAAUGGAUUAUAAAUAUUAUCAACAAAAUUGCCAUAUCAUCACUAUGCAUUCAUGUCAAGAGACAAAUCACAACAUGAUAGCCGUAGAUUAGAGCUCAGUUUUGAAUUUAAUGGUAUUUGAGUCACAAAAAUGACUAGCAUUUAUGCAGAUAGGAAACCAAGUGAUCGAUCAAGGUGGAUAUGCAUUUAUCCAGCGUAUUUGAAUAAUAAAAAAACAUUGGCCGAAGGACGUGUAGUUCCAAAAAAGUAUGCUGUAGAAAAUCCGACUUAUCAAGAAAUUCUUGAGGUAGUUAAAGCAUCUGGUUUUGAGAACGCUGAAGUUGAAAAUAAACAAUAUUCUCGAGAAUGUAGUAAGGAAUGGCAGUUUCGUGGUAGAAUACGAGUACAACUUAAAAAUGAUGAUGGAACACCUGUGAAUGAAACAUUUCCAUCAAGAAUAAGUUUAAUGAAACAUUGUGGUGUACAAAUACCAAAAUUAAAAAGUCGAGUCAUGAAAGCACCUGGUCCUGAACAACAUCAAAACAAAAAUGAAACUAGUGGAAACAAAAAGAAAAAAGGCCGUAAAUAGAAUAUUGACUUUGUUUUUAAUAAUUUUUUUGUUUUCUUACUUUUAAACUUAAUUGGA